AAGGAACUUAACGUCGGGGAAGCAUUCAGAUAUGACUGGCUGCAUUUUACAUUUAUGUAUCCAAUUAUGUGUUAAUGCUGAAAAGUGAAGUUUUUGGGUGCAUUGAGACCGUAUCGUUGGUGUUGUAGGAAGGUAGAAAUAGUAUUGGGCACGCUUGCUCAAAUGUUCGUGGAUACGAUUCUAAAUUAUCUGUGGCGUAUUCGGAAUUAGGGGUAAAUCUGAAGAUAUUCAGAUUGUCGAUUUUACCGAUACUGAUAUACGAUAAUAUGUUCUUUUCAUCAACAUAUCUUAUAAGAAACAAUGCAUACAUUGGUGUAACCAGGAUUUUGUGAUAAUAUGAUGCCAAAAUGUUUAUACUGUUAUGUUUGAUUGUUAUAACGAUUUUGAAAUAAAUUGUCCAUCUCCCAUUUAUAAUGUAUAUAACAAAAUUUUGAAGGCAAAAAUGGCCAUAUUAGUUAAGUUAGAUGCAACGGCAUUUGUUAUGUAGAAUAGAGUACAUGCAGAAUGGAUUAGCUUAUUAUGUAUCUCACUUGAAUGCUUAUAUACGUACGAAUGACAUUGGCUGUAUAUGUACCUGAGUUGGCCGUUUAGGAAUCAUUUGGUUAUUUGGUAAAAUUUUACUGAAACUUAGCUCAAUAGUAGAUGUAUAUUGAAUUAAUGAUAGAAAACGAGAUCAAAACAGGUCAUUUAGACUAGAGGUUCUCAACCUGAAGUGAACAUUUAGGGUGACCAGGGGUACUUGGAUGGUAGUUGAGUUUUCAUGUGUUGCUAUUUUUAAUAUCCUUUACUACCAGGGGAAAAUGCGUGCCGUUUGAAACUCAACGUAGAAUUUCUCUGGUCUUACGUUGUUGUGACGCAACAAUGUGACAUCCACAGCUUUGCAGCCUAAGUGUGAAAUCUCAGAAGACAAUGUGUUGUUUGCCUGUCUAAAACCGCUCCUCGAAUUGAUUUACUUAUUUGCAAUAAACACGGACAGCCUUCACACUGAUGUUCUGCAUAGAUGAAAUAAAUAAUGAGAGUCAGAAUGCCCACAAAAUCAAAACAUAUGGCUUUUGAUAUACCGGAAGUAUCUUUGAGCGAUUUUUUUCUGUCGCGUAUCAAGGAGUAUGGUAGCGAAGUCGCUUUGAUUGAUAGCGUCACCGAGGAAAAACAACUCACAUUCAAACAAGUUUACGAACAAAUACAAUCCUGUGGAAGAUAUUUUCAGGAGCAAAAUAUAGGCGAAGGCGAUGUUGUUGGCCUGGUUCUUCCUAAUUGUGUGGAAUAUAUAAUAGCAAUGAUGGGAGUGAUAUCUUGUGGGGCAGCUAUAUCACCUUGCAAUCCAUUAUACAAAGGAGGGGAAAUGCAGCACAUCUUCAAAAUCACUGAGCCAAAAAUGCUAAUCGUAUCAGACGAAAGCAUCAAUAACGUGAAGCAAGCUCUCAAACAAUACUCAGAGAAUCAAGUUAAAAAAAUCAUAGUUCUUGGAAAAAGUAGUGAAUUCGAAACUUGGGAUGAUGUCAUUCUCUUGAAGAAAGAUAUUGAUAACUUUGUGCCCCAUUGCAAAAUAUCACCCAGAAAAACUUUGGCAAUAUUACCGUAUUCAAGCGGAACAACAGGAAUGCCAAAAUGUGUCAUGCACACUCAUUAUAGCACGAUUUCUAUUAUAUUGUGUUUAUGGCAUCAUUCACAAUACAAGCGUGGAGAAACUUAUUACAACGAAAGACCGAUGUUUCACGGGGGUGGUUUCAUGUUAGUGUUGGCUGUUUUGCAAGGAGGGCUAAGUGUAGUUAUGGAUCAGGAGUUUAACGUUGGGGAAACAUUAUCAGCAAUACAAAAGUACAAGGUAAAUCACAUGUUCGUGGUGCCACCAAAUUUGCUGCAACUAUCGCAGACAGAAUUGCAUCACAAAUAUGAUACAACAUCGUGGAAAACUGCGCUCACGGGAGGUGCAUCUAUUUCAACAACAAUAAUGAAAUCAGUCAUCGAUCGUUUCAAUGUUAAAUUGUUCCCAGUUUACGCAAUGACGGAAUGCUGUCCUAUAUCUUGGAAGGAUAACGACGACUCAGUCGUUGAUUCAGCUGGCUCCAUCUGUGUUAACUCAGAAUUGAUGAUAGUUGAUCCGAAUACAGGUAAAGAAUUAAAAUCUGACCAGGAAGGAGAAAUUUGGAUAAAAGGGCCACAAGUGACCGUUGGUUAUUAUAAAAAUACUAAAGCAACGGAGCAAACAAUUAAUAAGGAUGGAUUUCUUCGUACAGGCGAUAUCGGGGUUAAUAAGAAUAAAAAGCUUUAUGUGAUUGGUCGACUGAAGGAAGUUAUCAAGUACAAAACUCUACAAGUAGCUCCUGCUGAAAUAGAGAAUGUGCUGUUGAGUCACCCAGAUGUUGAAGAUGCUGGGGUGGUUGGUGUCCCCGAUCUUACUUGUGGAGAGUUACCGAAAGCGUUUGUUGUUCGAAAAGUUGAAUCACUUACAGCGGAUGAACUUCAAACGCUAAUUAAAAAUGAACUUGUCGAUUACAAACAGUUAAGAGGAGGAAUCCAAUUUGUUAACAAAAUACCGAAAUCAAAAUUCGGAAAAAUAAAUCGCCUAGAACUGAAAACAUGGGUGACAAAAAAAGAUAAUUAACCAAUUGCUAUAUUGUCAAUUGCAUACAUGGAUUUAUUUCUCCAAUUUAAAUAUUUGGUUUCCACAUUAUUUUGGAUUUUUAUGUGGAUGUAUAUCAAUUUUCUCCAUCUUUCGGAGGUUUCAAAGCAUAAAGACAUUUAUCAAAAAUAAAACUUCAAGCAAUAUAUCA